CUCUGGGAUUGCUAGAUGCGAAGUCUCCUUCCCCAAUUCAACUGUCUCACGUCGUCACCGCAGAAAUAUAUUCAACCCAUCGCGCACACAUAUUCUCUUCCCUGAAUCCUUCCGCUGUCUAGCUUGAAUUCGAAACCUCAGUUCUCUCCCAACCAAGCGAGAAGAUGAAGAGAGUCUUCGGGGUUAAGAAAAACAAAGAGCCUCCUCCCUCGAUUCAAGACGCUUCCGAUCGGAUCAAUAAAAGAGGUGAUACAGUGGAUGAUAAAAUCAAGAAGCUUGAUGCUGAACUUGCUAGAUACAAAGAGCAGUUGAAGAAGACCAGGCCUGGUCCAGCUCAAGAGGCGGUCAAAGCUCGAGCCAUGAGGAUUCUCAAGCAAAAAAGGAUGUACGAAGGUCAGCGUGAUAUGCUCUACAACCAGACGUUCAACCUAGACCAAGUUGCAUUUGCUUCUGAAGGGAUCAAAGAUGCUCAGCAAACAGUGACAGCUUUGAAAUCAGCAAAUAAAGAGUUGAAGGGAAUGAUGAAAACUGUGAAGAUUCAAGACAUUGACAACUUGCAAGAUGAAAUGAUGGACCUGAUGGAUGUUAGUAAUGAAAUUCAAGAAACCCUUGGUAGAAGCUACAGUGUUCCUGAUGACAUUGAUGAGGAAGAACUUAUGGGUGAGCUUGAUGCGUUGGAAGCAGACAUGGAGAGUGAAGGGGAUGGAGUCCCUUCGUAUCUCCAGCCAGACAAGGAGAGUGAAGCUGAUCAAGUGUUGGGUUCAGAGCUUAACUUGCCUGCGGCACCAUCUGGCCAUACUCCAUUUCCAGCCAACACUCAGGCUGAAGAUGAACUGGGGUUGCCUGCUGUGCCUCGUGCCUCCAUUCGCGGCUAAGUUGCUACCCAUAAACAUUCGGCCUAUUGACGGUACCAAUUUCUACUUAAUUCUGUUCUGCACAUAAACAAGUACAAGAUCCACUCGUUGUAUCCAAAACCAAUAGAACACUUAUUUUGUUCCCCGUGCUGGGAUCCAUUUUUUGUUUCAUAUGGUGCUUUUUAUUGAUGUACCAAAUUGGAGAUAUUGGUUGCGUUUUAACAUUAACUUCAACAUUUAAAAAUGUCAUGUAACAAUAUUUUUUUAGCUUUAUCGUUUUUUAAAAUCAAUUUGCAGCAUCGAA